CACUCAGAUCGCUCCGCCUUGGCGUCUGUGACGACCGACGCAGAACGAACCAAACAGCGCGAUGCAAGUGUGGCAGGCUUCAACUGGCGUUCGUACUCUUUCCUGUAUGACACUGUCCUGGUCCUGGGCCAGGGGAUCACGGUACGUCUGGUGAACAACGUGACAACGAGAUAGUUGGAUAGGCAGUCAGUACGAGGGAGUGUGGAGAUUACAGGAAUGGCAGUGGGGCCACGGUCUGCAGUGUCGUGGACUAUGGGGACUGGCGGAUAGCACAUACGCGUCGACUGUGUCAUGGCUGGCAUUUGACUGAAACAGCCGUUCGACCUGUCCUGACGGUUCUAUCGCUCCAGGAGGAAGUGAGUGCCGAUAAUCUGGAGAUUCCUUCCCGCUGCACUGGACCGAGAGACGGCUCGUCGACUGCCCCGGAGACGUGGGACAGACGUGGGUCAGAUGUGCACACGAGAGUGACGUAGCGGGGUCUGUGUGACAGAGCGACUUUGCUGUUCGCCUGGUGGACGGCCCUAAUCCCUACACUGGCAGAGUGGAGGUCUACCAUUCUGACCAGUGGGGCACUAUCUGUGAUCAUGGCUUUGACUAUGUCGAUGCAGACGUGGUAUGUCAUGAACUUGGCUACCCUGGAGUUGCCAGCUUUCAACGGAAUAACCCCUAUCCUGGGGCUAGUGGACCAGUCUGGAUGCACUCGAUGCAGUGCAAUGGUUCCGAGGCGUCCAUUGCUCAGUGUCCAUUUGAUGGCUGGGGUUCUUCCUGUCACCACCAUGAUGAUGUCGGUGUUACGUGCAAACAAGCUGAUCACGGAGAUGCUCCCUAUUACCCAAUACGACUCAACAAUGGGACAGCCACUAGCAACACCACCGGAGGACAGCUCCGGCACGGCAGAGUGGAGGUCUACAUCAACGAUACCUGGGGCACCAUUUGUAACUACGGCUGGGGCAUCGAGGAUGCAGAUCUGGCCUGCAGGCAAUUAGGGUUUUUCGGGGCCCUGUUUUCAUCCAGUCGGUCAGGGUAUCCAGUGGACACCAACGACUCGGUGCCCAUCUACUGGACCCAGAUGUUGUGCCACGGGGAUGAGCUGUCUCUCUCUGAGUGUCACCACACUACACCAGAUUACUGCUACCACUACAGUGACGCCACUGUCUUCUGUGCAGUUGAUGACCAGCCUCCUCCCCCACCUGAAGUCCGUCUGGUGACAGACGGAGACGAUGGUCAUGAGUUCGAAGGUCGUGUGGAGGUGAAUGUGUACGGUGUCUGGGGAACAGUCUGUGAUGACUACUGGGACGUGGUUGAUGGAGAUGUUGUGUGCAGGAUGUUGGGAUAUGCCUAUGCUGAAGAGGUUGGAUACAGAUCAUCGUUUGGACAAGGAGCAGGCCCCAUCUGGAUGGAUUAUGUCCAAUGCAACGGGACUGAAGACAGCAUUGAUCAAUGUAGCUUCCCAGGCUGGGGAAUUAAUUCGUGCUACCACUACUCUGAUGCCUCUGUUGUCUGCUCCAACCGUUCAGCAGGUGCUGACGUGAGGCUUGUUGGAGGCUCCACCUCAAUGGAGGGCCGAGUGGAAAUACUUCACAACGGCGUGUGGGGUACUGUCUGUGAUGACUACUGGGGCCAGGAGGAUGCGCUGGUCGUGUGCAAUCAGCUCGGGUUCGUCGGAGGAGCCACGGCUGUUCGUGAGAGUCAGUUUGGCCAGGGCUCGUCCAACCAGCCAAUCUGGUUGGACGACGUGCAGUGUACUGGGUCCGAGAUGUAUCUCUCUGACUGCGAGAGUCUCGGGUUUGGAAUCCACAACUGUCGUCACUAUGAGGAUGCCGGCGUGGUUUGCGAAGAGUCUGAGUUCGGGGUCCCCGUUCGUCUGGUGGAUGGAGGUUCAGAGAGUGAAGGAAGAGUUGAGAUCUACUACCAUAACAGGUGGGGCACAAUUUGUUCUGCAUACUGGACCACCUCCGAUGCAAAUGUGGUUUGCCGCCAAUUGGGAUACAACGGUGCAUUACGAGCAUUGAGUAACUCUUAUUUCGGAAGUGGUGAUCUGCCAACGCUGAUGGCCUACACUGAUUGUUACGGACGUGAAAGUGAGCUGGCCAACUGCUAUGGAUUCCGCUACUCCCCCUACAUCCCGUCCUACUGCUCCAACAGUACAGUCGCUGGUGUCAAGUGUUGGACUGAGUGUAACCCGCCUCCUUGCCCGCCGCCAGCUAUUCGUCUUGUCGGUGGCUCGAAUGACCAUGAAGGUCGUGUGGAGAUCCUUCUGGAUGGAGAGUGGGGGACAAUAUGUGAUGAUGGCUGGGAUCAGCUCGACGCUGAAGUUGUCUGCCGGCAGCUCGGGUUCCUUCCCUACGGAGCCGAGGCUGUUUUCUACGCUCGUUUUGGGCAGGGUACCGGCCCAAUUAUACUUGAUUAUGUGGGGUGCAAUGGACUGGAGCUGUAUAUAACAGACUGCCCCAACAUUGGCUACUUCCAGCACUACUGUAGCCAUUAUGAGGAUGCUGGUGUCACCUGCACACCUCGCAAUCUGAACGAUGAGUUCACAAACCCCAUCCGCCUCGUCGUCAACGGAAAUGAGACCGGCGUGAACGAGGGAACCAUCCAGAUCUUCUACAACGGGACUUGGGGCACCGUAUGUGACGACUACUGGGGUUUCUCAGAGGCCGAGGUGGCCUGCCACAUGCUGGGAUUCGCCGACGCCAUCAGAGCCUAUUCCAGUGCCUACUUUGGCCCUGCACCUGGUGACAUCCUCCUGGACAACAUGAGAUGUGCUGGGACAGAGCACGAGCUGAUAGAGUGCUCCCACAACGGAGUCUUCAACCAUGACUGUUCUCAUGAGGAAGAUGCUGGAGUCUCCUGUACAAACUACACGGCGUCUGAGAAUCCAGUUCGUCUUGUGGGUGGAAAUGGCCAUAACAAAGGUCGGGUAGAAAUCUACAACCUGGGACAGUGGGGAACUGUCUGUGACGAUGGCUGGACUGUCACUGAUGCAAACGUGGUAUGUGUGCAGCUGGGCUAUGCUGGAGCCAACAGGGCCACAGUCAGAGCAGAGUUUGGACGGGGAACUGGAACCAUCUGGCUGGACAAUGUCGCCUGUACUGGUCUGGAGACUGCACUAGAUUUGUGUGCUAGUAAUGGUUGGGGCAAUCAUGAUUGCAGUCACUAUGAAGAUGCAGGGGCUGAGUGUGAGGGAGAGGUGCUCCCUAUCAGGCUACGGGGUGGCUCCACUGAUAUGGAGGGGAGAGUGGAGGUCUAUUACAACGGGACGUGGGGCACAGUGUGUGACGACUACUGGGACCUCAGUGAUGCAACAGUCGUCUGCCGUCAGCUGGGAUAUGAUGUGGCCGUCAGUGCCGAGAGUUUGGCCACUUUUGGACAAGGACAAGGUCCGAUC